AUGUCCAACAUCGCUCCCAUCGUCGGCAGACUCCGGAAGGGUCUCGUCAUGGACCUCUCAGUCGCCACCGGUCUCGGAAUGGGCAUGGGCUACUACUUCUGGUACGGCUACCAUGUUCCGGCUGUCCGCCGCCGUGACGCCUACUACGCCAAGCUCGAGCAGCAGCGCGCAGCCAACGCCCAUGCUUAA